GCUCAGCUCUGCUGGAAGCUGGAUCCAUCUCUGACGGGAGCUGCAGGACUCAGGCCUGCCCUGCCAUCGCAAUGUGUUUGUCUUGGGAUGGACUCAACCUGCUCUCAUUCCUGGUGCUGGCCUGGUGCCUGGCCCCACCUGCCCACUGCCAGAGCCCGCGCUAUGAGAAGUUCCUGCGGCAGCACCAUGACCACCCGCGGACCAAUGCCAGGCGGGAUUACUGCGGAGCCAUGAUGCAGCGCCGGGGCAUGGCCCGGCCCUGCAAAAACAUCAACACCUUCAUCCAUGCCCCCAAGGCCCAGAUCCAGGCUGUCUGUGGCUCCGGGGGCAUCGAGUACUGGGGCAUGCGGCGCAGCCGGGCUCAGUUCCCAGUCACCACCUGCUCGCUGAAGGGUUCCCCGUGGGGCCGGUGCAGCUACCUGGGCCACGCCAACCACAGAUUCCUCGUGAUCACCUGCGACCCAAAAGGCUGGCCCAUGCACUUCGACGAGAGCCACAUCAUGUGAUGGGGCCGGGCACCACCGCCCUGCCCGUGUCGGCACGGAACUGAGUCCUUGGCCAGGCGUUGUGUCGAAUGGGCCAGACCCCUGGCUGGUGUGAAUGGACCGUAGCUCCAUGGGGGUCAAUGGGGCCAACCCCUCAGCUGGUGUGAAUGGACCAUAGCUCUAUGGGGGUCAAUGGAGCUAGCCCUCCAGCUGGUGUGAAUGGGCCAGAUCUCCAUUGAGGUCAAUGGGGGCCAACUCCCAGUUGGUGUGAAUGGGCCAUAGCUCCACUGGGGUCAAUGGGGCCAACCCCUGAGCUGGUGUCAAUCAACACCGCUCCAUUAACAUUGGCACCAUGGAAGCAGCGCUUCAAAGCCAUGCAGCUCCCAUCAGGUGAGAUUUGCUCCAGAGAGAAGUCCAGGACUGUAUGGGUCACGCAGGCUGCCUGGUCGUUCACCCCGCUAUGUGUCUCUGGGCGGCCUGGACACCAGAU